AUCUUAUCUUGUUUCCCCCAGACGCCAACCUAGAUGGGGGAUCUGCCGAGGCUCCUCGGAUACCCCAAGCCUCGGUGGAGUCUUUAUUGGGAUAGAAGAUCGCAAGAAUAUGUCGAGUAGUAGUUAGAUGGUUGAGUUCUUACAUAUUUCAGUUUCUUAUAUUCACUCUGGGGUCACAUUUAUACAAGCCCAGCCCUUCCCAUCUGUCAAAUCGGAUAUAAUGUCAGAGUCUAAGCCCAAAGUUCUGUUGUUCGAUAUAGGGGGUGUCUGUGUCGUUUCCCCUUUCCAAGCAAUCCUCGACUAUGAGUUAAGCCUGGGGAUCCCUCCAGGGUGGGUCAACUAUUCAAUAUCCAGGACUGCCCCCAAUGGCUUCUGGCAUCGAUUGGAAAAAGGAGAAAUCGAGAUGAAUGAAGAAUUCUUCAGAGGUUUCAGUCAAGACCUUCAUGAUCCCAUUAGAUGGGAGACCUUCUACAAGCGAGAGCAAAGCAAAAAUCCCAGUCUCCCAAAGGAAACCCCUCCAGUUCCUUCAGUCGAUGCAGAAUGGCUUUUCAACGAGAUGAUGACGGUUUCUAACAACCCCGACCCAUGGAUGUUCCCAGCAUUGAAAAAGCUGAAGGAGGAUGGGCGAUUCAUUCUCGCAGCUCUGAGUAAUACCGUCAUCUUUCCGCCUGGCCAUAAGCUCCACCUUGACCAUUUCUUUGACGAGCCUGUGCGGCAGAUAUUUGAUGUCUUCAUUUCUUCCGCCCAUGUUGGAAUCCGAAAGCCAGAUCCGGCCAUGUAUAAGCUUGCUCUCGACCGAGUAAACGAAUUCGCGAAAGCCAAUGCUCAUUCAGCUCGGGGAAAAAGCUUGAGCUGGGAGGUUGGUAUCAAGGCAGAGGAAGUAACUUUUCUCGAUGACAUCGGGGAGAAUUUGAAGGAAGCACGCAGACAAGGGCUGCAAACAAUCAAGGUGAACCUUGGUCGAGCAUUCGAGGCUGUUGAUGAGCUGGAGAGAGUGACUGGGUUGAAGCUCGCUGGUGAUCAUCCAAGGAUGCCCGUUGAACCAAAGGCUCAGAAAGUCAAGGCGAAAAUGUGAGAUAGAUUUAAAGAUAUUCAGGAACACUCGUAUAUCAAAUCUUCCUGGCGAUAUAGACGUAGAGAAUAUC